AUGAGUUCUGCGAUUCCUCCUCCUCCUCUUCCUCCUGGCUGGACAGAACACACUGGCCCCGGAGGGCAGCCGUAUUACUACAAUGCCGCGACCGGACAGUCUACCUACGCGCGCCCUCUCCCCGCGUUUCCGUUCCCCGUAGCCGCUGCGAAGCCCAAGAAGCAGAAGCUAGAGAAAACGCCAAUUCCGGGCACGGAGUGGCUGCGCGUGAAGACGGCGGACGGGAACACGUUUUACACGCACAAGGGCAGGAAGGAGAGCGUGUGGGUUGUGCCGGAUGAGAUUAAGGGUGCGCUGGAGGUGCUGGAGAACGGUGAGCGGGCCCAGAGAGAGCACGCAGGCUCGAGGAUGAUGCAGGACGAGGGCGAGGAGCAUCGGCGCGAGAUUGAGCGCGUCAAGUCGGAGGUGCAGGACGCGGUAAAGCGGAAGGCGGAGGAUGCUGUGCCGGUGGAGGUGGAGGUGGUUUCGAAGAGGGCGAGGGUGGAGGAGGAGAAGGAUGACGAAGAUGAUGAAGAUGAUGAAGACGACGACGACGACGAUGACUCUGAGGAGAGCGAGGAGGAGGAGUGGCAGAAGGAGGCGGCUGCUCAGCUGGCUGCUGAAGCGGAGGAGGAGAGGCAAAGGCGGGAGGAGGAAGCGAGGCUCGAACGAGAGGCGGAAGACGCUGCGAAGCAAGCUGAAGAGAGAGCAAGGCUGAAUAUGCCUAACCGUGUCGACCUAUCCCUCGACGAGGCCAAGGCUUUGUUCAAGACACUACUUCGGGAGAAGGACGUUAAUCCUCUUCAUCCCUGGGACACAUCACUGCCUUUGUUUAUUUCGGAUCCGCGUUAUGUCCUACUGCCCUCUGUGUCUACUCGGUGCGAGGCGUUUGACGACUACUGCCGUGAGCGGGCUCGCGAGCUGCGGCAGCAAAACGUUCAGAAAGAGAAGAAGGAGGCCAAUCCAAAAGAGGAGUUUGACAAGCUACUCUCUGACGAGGUGAAGAGCACGCGUGCGUCCUGGACGGACUUCAGGAGGACUUGGAAGAAGGACAGGCGCUUUUACUCGUGGGGCCGAGAUGACAGGGAGAGGGAAAAGCGGUUCAGGGAGUAUAUAAAGGAGCUGGGGCAAAAGAAGCGUGCUGCUGCAGAAAAGGCAGAAGCUGACUUCUUCGCGAUGCUGCACGCAAGUGGGCCAAUACCAAAUGACGCGAACUGGAAAGAUAUCAAGAAGAAGUUCUACUCCGACGCUCGGUACGACGCUGUUGGGUCGUCUUCACUUCGCGAAGAGCUUUUUGCUACGUUCCAAAAGGGCCAAGCAUCGGGGCAACGUUCAAGCCAUGACGAAAACACUGACGCACAACAGAAGAGCAACGAAGAUAGUGUUGAUGCAGAACAAAGACGAAAAGAAAAGAAGGAACGGGCAAUUAGGGAACGAGAGGAGAAAGUCCGAGCCGAGCGAGGGCGCCUUGAAUUUGACAUUGACAAAUCGAAGCAGCACCUGAAUAAGGAGGAAGGAGAAAUGGAGUUCCGAACACUCCUGGUAGAUGCCAUCCGUGAUCCUCAGAUAUCUUGGGACGAGGCUGUGACACAGCUCAAAAUCGACCCUCGCUUCACCAACUGCACUCUCCCACUUAAUCAACAGCUACACCUUUUCCACGUCCACACUCGACAACUGCAAGGCAGGCAGCUUGCCGGCCUGCAUUCUCUGUUUGAGGCAAACGCCCCGUCAUUAGCAACCCCCUUCACCGCCUUGCCCGUGGAAUCGCUGCUAAAGUCAAUGCCGGUAACGAAGCUCGGAUACGACAUCGACCGCCUAGAAGACGAAUACGACAGGUGGCAACGCGAGAGGACGCACAGCGCUCGGAAAGCGUUCGACGGGAUGCUCAACGAGAACUCAUUCGUGGAGUUCUGGGGUAGAUUGAACAAGAUAGGCGGAGAAGGUGCAGAAGGUGGCGUGAAGGCAGACGACGUGGGGGAUGAAGAUGAAGGCGAGGGUUUCGGCGGCAAGGUGGAUAUGAAGGUGUUGGCCAAAAACGUGGACAUCAGCGACAUGGUAAAGGUGCUCAAGAACGAUCAUCGGUAUGCCAUGUUCGACCACGUACCUGAACAAAGGGAGAGAUGGCUACGGGACCACAUUGCUCUGCUCUCUGCUCCCAAGCUCUCUGUCCAUGUUUGAUGUCAAUGUAUCUGUGAGAAAUGUGCGGAUAGAAAAUAGAAAACCAUGCAAGGAUCAUACGCGCC